UGCACCGACUGUCGCGCAUUGUAUGUAUGUACACAUUGCAAUCUGUCACCAUCUGUCACUUUCAAAGGGGACACAAAGAGUAAUAGCAAUAUAUGUAUAAUCUUGCCUAUUAGCUUAAGAUAUCGGUGACAAGUGUCCGCGUACGUUUAGAACAGUUCGGAACAAAUGAUUAUUUUUUAGCCCGCCGCCGUCAUGAAACUCGGAUGACAUUUAUGCGCGUGUGUUAAUCGUUACGUUUGCCUAAAUAAAAUAUAGUUAUUCGAUUUCGUACAGCUGUUUUUAAGGCUACGAAGAUGGAUCAGAUAAAGGUCCCUAAGAUAGAGAAUGUGAGGAUGCUUGAUAAGUAUAGCAAUAAUCAUUCCAUUGGCACACUCUACCUAACAGUGACACACCUCAUCUUUGUUGAAAGAAGUGGCAAAAAGAAGAUAUGGGUGCUGUACACACAUAUCUCUAAUAUAGAGAAACAGCCAUUGACAACCACAGGAUCACCAUUGUAUAUUAAAUGCAAACAUUUCUUCAUUGUCACAUUUGUUAUCCCAAAGGAACGCGAUUGCCAUGAGAUUUAUCUCACGUUAUUGAAAUUAUCCUGCCCAGCUAGCGUAGAAGAUUUAUAUUGCUUCAAUUAUCAAGAAAGCAAGGAUACAUUACCUCAGCACGCAGGAUGGAACUUCUUCAAUGUACAAAGCGAAUUUCAACGGCAAGGUGUACCAAACGAGGAGUGGUCGCUUUCGUAUUUAAAUAUUAAUUAUGAGCUUUGCGAUACUUAUCCAAAGUACUUAUACGUUCCCAGUACAUCUACUAAAAAUAUUUUAUUAGGCAGUGCAAAGUUUAGAAGCAGAGGAAGGCUACCAGUUUUAACUUAUUUGCAUUCAAACAAGGCUGCUAUUUGCCGCUGCAGUCAACCACUCUCGGGAUUUAGCGCGCGGUGUCCAGAAGACGAAGAAAUGAUGCAUAAUAUAUUAUGUACAAAUCUUAAUUCCCGGUAUAUGUAUGUUGUUGAUACAAGGCCACGGAUUAAUGCCUUUGCUAACAGAGCUGCAGGAAAAGGAUAUGAAAACGAAAAUUUCUAUGACAAUAUCAAGUUUCAUUUCUUCGGAAUAGAAAACAUUCAUGUAAUGAGAACGAGUUUAAAUAAACUUUUGGAUUUACAAAGAUCAACCUCCAUGAGUGCAUUCUUGAGCGGUCUUGAAAGCAGCGGUUGGCUAAAGCAUAUUCGUUCUAUCCUGGAAACCGCUUGGUUCAUCGCACGAGCAGUUUCAAACGGCGUGAGCGUGGUAGUGCAUUGUAGCGAUGGAUGGGAUCGCACAGCGCAAGUGUGCUCCCUGGCCGCAUUAAUGUUGGAUCCAUUUUAUAGAACGAUCCAAGGCUUUCAAGCUUUAAUAGAAAAGGAUUGGCUGUCGUUUGGUCAUAAAUUUAGUGACCGCUGUGGCUAUGUCAGUAGCGAUGGUAAAGAACUCGCACCGAUAUUUACACAAUUUAUAGAUGCAACGUACCAAUUGCUACAGCAAUAUCCAUAUAAAUUUCAAUUCAAUGAGUAUUUUCUUUUAACAUUACAUGAUCAUGUACAUAGUUGUCAACACGGUACGUUCAUCGGAAACACUGAGAAAGAAAGGCAAAUAUUAAGAUUAUCCGAGCGAACAUAUUCGUUAUGGGGCUACUUAGCAAAUAAUAUGAACGAGUAUAUAAACCCAAUCUACAGAUGUAAUCGUUACAAUAACGAAGAUUCCGCUGACAUUCUUCAACCUAAAUUGGCACCUCAAUCUAUCGUUCUUUGGAGAGGAUUAUACUUUAGAUUUGAGAAUGGAAUACAUCCUAGAGAAGCGUGCGACGACUUAAUUCUGACGAUUUAUGAUCACACAAGUUCUUUAGAAGAUCACGUAAAGCUUCUGUUAAAACGAGUCAAUUCUUUGGGACAACUUUUAAAUACGAAUAAUGCUCAAAAGAAAGGAAAACAUAAAUUCGAUAAUAAAUUCAUGAAAGACUCUCUGUCGGAGACUAUAAUCGAGAACACCGCAAAUCAUGAUGAAAAAACGAAAGCUAAACUAAGAGCGAAUCAAGUGGAAAAUGAAUUGAAGACAGUCGCUUUAGAAUGGAAAUCGUCGCGGAAUAUGGAAGAAUGUGGGUGUUCUACCACAUUCGAUGCUUUCAACAAAAAGCAUCAUUGUUGGUCCUGCGGUGACGUAUUAUGUACAAGAUGCAUGGCGGCACAUACUAAAUUAUCUGGACAUCUGUCACAGCGUGCCGUACCUACGUGCAAAUCGUGCUACCAAAGUUUCGGUAUAUCUGCUACUAGUCCUUGAUUACACUUUAUUUAAUGCCGACUUAUGCUUAUAAUCCAUAUUUGUACGCAUCUCUUUGAGUAAUGAAAAAGCGUAACAUAUAUCUA